CAGCGGCGGCGGGGCGGCCCCGGCCGUUGUUGUGGAGGGGCCGGUCAAGAUGGCGGCCGGGCAGGGGGGCGGCGGCGGCAACAACGGGACCGGGAGCGCGACGGGCACCGGGACGGCGCCCGGGAACGGAACGGCGGGCCUCGGGAUCCCCGGGCACCUCACUCUCUCCUUCUCGUCCGGGCCGCACUGGGGCGCGGCCGCUCUGCCGCAGUCGCACACGGUUCGCAGCCUGGAACGGGCCCUGGAGGAGGCGGGCAGCUCAGGCAUCCUCUGCCUGAGCGGGAGGAAGCUGCGCGAUUUCCCCGGCAGCGGCUGCGAUCUGAGCGACACCACGCAAGCUGAUCUUUCUAAGAACAGAUUUACUGAAAUUCCUCCUGAUGUCUGGCUGUUUGCACCACUGGAAACUUUAAAUUUGUAUCACAACUGCAUCAAAUCCAUUCCAGAAUCUAUUAAAAACCUGCAAAUGCUUACCUACCUUAACAUAAGUCGAAAUCUUUUGUCAACAUUGCCAAAAUACCUGUUUGAUCUUCCACUGAAAGUUCUGGUUGUCAGUAAUAACAAGCUGGUCUCCAUUCCAGAAGAAAUUGGAAAGCUGAGAGGUCUGAUGGAGUUGGAUAUUAGCUGUAAUGAACUUCAAGUUCUUCCCCAGCAAAUAGGAAAAUUGCAGUCACUUAGAGAAUUGAACAUAAGAAGAAAUAAUCUCCAUAUGUUGCCAGAUGAAUUAGGAGACCUUCCCUUGGUAAAGCUGGAUUUUUCUUGUAAUAAAAUUACAGAAAUUCCAAUUUGUUACAGAAAGUUACGUCAUUUACAAGUUAUAGUUUUGGAUAACAAUCCAAUGCAGAUACCACCAGCACAGAUAUGUUUAAAGGGCAAAGUACAUAUAUUUAAAUUCCUCAGUAUACAGGCGUGCCUCAGAAUAGAUAAAAAACCAGAUUCUUUGGAUCUUCCAUCAUUAGGUAAACGAAUUCCCUCCCAGCCACUCACAGACAGCAUGGAAGACUUUUAUCCCAAUAAAAAUCAUGGACCAGACUCUGGCAUUGGAAGUGAUAAUGGGGAUAAAAGGUUGUCCACUACAGAACCAUCUGAUGAUGAUACAAUCAGCCUUCACUCCCAGGUAUCAGAAUCAACAAGGGAACAGACAUUAAGGAAUGACAAUCACAUAAUGGGAAGUAAACUUGAUCCACAGAAAGACCAGGAGGCGUAUGACUACAUUGAUCCCAAUGCAGAGGAGGGAGCUCUUCCUGAGCAGGGAGAAGCACAGAUUGGCCCACUGCUCUCCUAUGUCAAGGAACGGGGAAAACAUCUUGAGAAAUCCCAGAAAACAGAACAAAAUGAGGAUUGGAGAGAUGAAAAAAGACUUCAGAAAGAACAGCUUCUGGCUGAAGAUGAUGAUGAACUCAAAGAAGUGACUGACUUGAGAAAAAUAGCAGCUCAGUUGUUGCAGCAAGAACAAAAACACAGGAUUCUUAAUCAUUCAGUUUCAGUAAACACAAGGAACAGGCCAAAGCAGCCAAUGGAAUCUGAAAAAUGUGUCUCAACAAAUGAAGCRAAUUCUCCAGUGUCCCCRUACAGCUGGCAGCCACUGGAAAACCAGAAGGAUUCAGUGGAUGAGCAGCAUUGGCCAGAAACACAUCCAGUAAUCUGGCAGAAUGAAGAAAGAAGGAGAAGUAAACAAAUUAGAAAAGAGUAUUUCAAGUAUAAGUCUUCCAGAAAGAGUUCAAGUGGAAAUGAAAAUGAUGAGCAAGACAGUGAUAAUACUAAUGUGUCCCCACAGUCUCCUGUGUCGUCUGAGGAUUAUGAAAGGACAGAUAGUAAYACUCAUGGUCCAUUUGGUCUCAAACCAAGGUCAGCUUUCAACCGUGCCUCACGCCAAGACUAUGGUGCUGUGGAUCCUGGGUUUACUAUGAGGAGGAAAAUGGAGCAUUUAAGGGAGGAAAGGGAACAAAUCAGACARCUUCGCAAUAAUCUUGAAUCCAGGUUGAAGGUAAUUUUGCCAGAUGACAUUGGAGCAGCAUUGAUGGAUGGGGUGGUUCUUUGCCAUUUAGCCAAUCACAUAAGGCCGCGUUCUGUCGCCAGCAUUCACGUCCCAUCGCCAGCAGUGCCUAAACUCAGCAUGGCAAAGUGCCGAAGAAAUGUUGAAAACUUUCUUGAUGCUUGUAAAAAAUUGGGCGUUCCACAGGAGAGACUUUGUUUGCCUCAUCACAUUCUGGAGGAAAGGGGUCUGGUGAAGGUUGGCCUCACAGUUCAAGCUCUGCUUGAGUUGCCUGCGUUGAAAGUAUCUCAGCUUUCUUCCAUGUGACAUGACUUCUUGGCAGCUAGACAGCUUCCCAUUUGCUCUGUUGAUAUGGAUUGCUCUGAGGCAGUUCAGCCUCCUAUAUGGGAACACCCAAGCCAUCAAAAACUAAAAUCUGUCCAGAUGCUGUAGAGAGCCUUACUUUGGAGCUGUGUAUGAAAACCUUGGAGUCAAUUCACAGUUAAAAGAACAUAAUUAUUCUUUUUUUUUCUUUUGUAAUUGGAUGUACAAAGAGAUCAUGGUAGCAUCAGGUUCUUGUUCUAGUUAAGUUAAAAGCUGCCAUUAAACAUCUCAKUGUUAGAGUUAAAUGCUGGAUUUCUGUUUUUACAUUGAAAAUGUUGUUUGAAUUAUUUUUGAAAGUACAAAGCACACCCCCUGUCACUUUAUUUUUUUGAGUCAAUCAUUUGAUUUAAAGAUGAGACAAAAAUGUAGCGAUGGUAUGAUGGUAAAAAUGUGAGCAGCUGAUCAUUUGUAAUCCCCUUUCACUCUCUGAAAGCUUAAUAUUUGCAUUCUUUGUUUUUUGCACUCCUGAUUGUAACUUACGCACUUCUAACAUUGCCAGUAUUGAGUCUGAGUGUAUGGUGAUUACACAGAACAGUAUAUAAUGGGAAAAGGACACAGUUUGAGUUUUUCUUCUAGGUUGGUGCCAAAUAUUUUUUUUCAGUUGUACUGUAGAUUGUUUACAUGUGAAGUGCCUGUGUAAUUGAUAACUCUUAAUAGUCUUAAUCAUUUUUGAAAUUUCUUUGUUUAAAAUAGAUAAAAUGGAAAUUUUUUAAUAUUUUAAUAGUUUUUUUGUAAAAUCAGUAUGUGAAGAUUUAAGUAAUACCUUCACAUUUUUUUGAUGUUGGGUGUUUUAAGUUUGUUGCACAAUCUAAUUGGUUAUUUGUUGUUUAAUAAUUAGAAAAUACUGUAAAUACUUUUUAUUUAUGAUAUUUAAUUUGAUAAUACCUAAUUACUUUUGGUUUAAUGUAUUGUUGGACAAAAAAAACAUUGUCUACUUUUUUUCGUUUGGGACAAACAAAUACAYAUGAUGAAUAAGACAUGAGGACUAGUGAUUCAUACAGAGUAAUUUAGGACAUUUUGAUAAAACUGCCAAAAUCUCAGGUUUACGCUGUGAUCAGGCUUUUGUGUGAUAUUGCUCCUGAUCUCACAUUACAUUUUUACAACAGGUAUAUUCAUAAUUUAGUUGGGAAGUAUCAGUGUUUAUCUUUUUAGUGUUGGCAGGAUUUSUUGUGUAGUUUACAUGAGUAAGGCAUUAGCACACAGGUCAGUUUGUACAGAUGUCUCUGGGCUGAGACAUGAGAUUGAUUGAUAAAUGUGAAAACAAAAAAUUUUCACUGUGGUGGUUUUUUGGAACUUCUGAGUUGAUGUAUGUCUUUGCUUCUGCACAAAUUCUUGGUGUUUUGAGAACAUUUUGAAACCAUACACAGUUGAGUUCUCUCUAAACAAAUUGCAAAUAAUUUCAUAAUUUUGGUAGUAAUYUGUUUGUGUGAGUUUGUUCUUCCUGAAUAGGUAGCUCAAUUAAAAAAAUAUUUUGACUGCCACAGAUUUUCUAUUUCAGGUUAAGUUAUUUUCAGUUGAGGGGUAUGUUUGCCAAGCAUGUGACAAGAUUUGAUUCUGUUCUUUCCAAUUCAUCAAGACCUCAUGUAAUAUAAUUCAUAAAAGAAUGAGGGAGGAAUAUUGUAUAUUCCUUCUACUGUAGUCCUUAAUAGCUGACAGGAAAAAAAUUACCUUUUUCUGAUAAGUUUUARAAAACCACAUAUUUUUAAAUCCACUGAAACAAGCUGGUGUAUGUGUAAUAGUUAAAACCCACUAUAGUUUAUGUAGUGUUUUCUUAAAGUAUAUCUUAGGGAGAGGCUGGUGUAUAAAUUAAUUUGCAAGUCCUAGAUAUAAAUCCUWGGUUAGAUAAAUAUGUGUUUAAGGAAACUGGAUUGCUUUGACCUUUGAAAUAUGGUAUUUCAAAUGUAUCUCUAAUUGUUUUUUAAAUCUCUUUUUAAUGGUUGUUUUAACAACUUCAGUUUYUGUUUUCAUUAAAGGCACUAUCUGAAAAGUCAUGCAAAAGCUAAUGAAAAAGUUAAAAUUAACUGAGCAAAAUGAUUUCCUGUUAMAUUUGAAGAACCCAGCCAUUCUGAAAGGAUAAGUCCCUGUCUUUCAUUUCACUGUUGUUGCCACUACCAAAGUUCUGGUUUGGAGUUAGCCAURGAAGUGCUAACUAUAAGUUGUCACUGUCAGUUGUCUGAAAACCAAUCUCCACUGCUAUUUCAUUGUGUAUUUAAAAAUGUUUCCUGAUGUUAAAGUAACAUUUUUCCUUGGACUGCUAAAAUGUUACAUCACAGUGUAAACAGCAAGAAUUCCCUUGAUAUAGUAUGGCAGCUGCUUGCUAGUUAGGGUUUUUUUAAGCUCUCCUUAGUAAGUUGAAAAUUGGAUACAAAACUUAUGUAUUCAUUUUAAAGUGAAAUGAACUAAAAUUAUUACUAAAAUAACAUCUAUUUUUUUUAGUACUCUGAAGUUGUUCCCCACAAACUUGCACAAAACAGUUUUGCUUUGCCAUUCCUUGGAAAUUAUUGUGGCUGCCUCCUUGCUUAUGGGGAAGGAUAAUCAUGAUUCUUCCAGAGCUUCUCUUUUCACAUKGCAAAGUUUAAAGCCUUCAAGUACCCUUAGGAGCAGUCUGAGAAAAGAUACACUUUGCUUGGAUGAAUCUUUUUCUCAUCUCUAACUGCUUUACAAAUUACAAUAAUCUGAAGCCUUGCUAAUAUUGGCUUGUAUCCAUUGUGAUUUUUUUUAAGAGCAGUUGCAAAAACGACGCUACCAAGAUUUUGCCUACUCUUCUUCUUUCUCCCUUUCCUUGUCUGUUCUUAGAUUUAGUGCAUUCAUUAUGUUGAUUACUCUGUGUCACUUUCCUCCUUCCCAUUAAAUUUUUUUAAGAGAUUGCUCCAGUGGCAUGGGUGAGCUAUUGUGUUUCCAGAAUCCCUGCUCCAAACAUUUGCAAUGUUUGAGAUACCCUUUUCCUGUUUUGUUUAGGAUGUGAUGCCAUUACUUAGUACUUGGCAGGAUAGUUAAAAACAGAGGCCUGCUCAGUUCCUGUUGCAGUUGUUCAGUUUUUACUUAAGAUAUUAAGAAAAGUCAACAUUAAAAGCUUUAAGAAGCUGCAUUGUUUUCCUAAUAAACUUAAGAGUUAACUGCAAUAAUGUGGCAUAAACUGUAAAUUACAGAGUGAAUCAGCAUUGUGGCAGGGCUUCUGGCCUUGUGUGUUUAUUCUGUGUUUUAUGUCACUGGAUGCAGUGUGUCACACAAGAUUGAUCUUUCACUUGAGCAAUAAUGUCCCAGAUAUGGUGAGGUGUUAAAGCAGUGACUAAUAUAAUUGUGAAGUGUGGUGUCUUCCCACAGAGCAUCUCAGAAAUGCUUCACAUGUCCUCCAACACUGCUAAUCCAGUAUCCUCACUGGGACACUGCUGGGGGUGUUGAAACCAUCUAGACCCCUGUAGCUGGAGGCCUUCCAAAAUCUAACCAAGAACGAUGAGCAUCAAAUAGGGAGGAAUUUAUUUGAAACAAUAAAUAACUAUGACAUGAAUCAUAAGGUUUUUUUGUUUUUUUUUUUUUUUUUUAAAUCCUAGCCUUACUGAAGUCAAAGCAAGUUUUAUCCAUGACUUCAAUAGAUUCUGACCUUUCUGAUUUGUGGAACACCUGAGCUGGAGASCAUAGCAAACAUGACUUAAAGUUGUUUGACACUAGCAAAACUUUAGUGUCAAAUCCUUGACUAAAAAUAAUGGUCUCUGGUAAGUCAAAUAAAGCUGUAAAACRUUGUAUGGAUUCAUUUAAUAAACAUUUUCUGAUAUGCCAAACRCAGUAUUUAGAUGGUAGGAAACAUUACAUUGAAGCACAGCUUUCAUGUGAUGGGAUGGUGUUGUUACCUCAAUAAAACUGUAGAUGAGUACAACCAUUAGUUUUUUACUGCACUAAAAACUUUAUUUCAAAUAUCAUAUAAUUAUGUGGCAGUUUCCUCAGAUUUUGAAGUAAAUCUGUAGCCAGAUCCAAACAAAAGUGAAGACAUCUGUUUUCAYUAAAACAGAACUUCCAUGUGUCAUUUUGGUACUGAAGAGAAAGACGAAGGUCUGGCACUUCUUCCUUCUGCUGAUUCCUUAAAUCCUUGUUUGAAAGGCUGAUUAACUGAUUUCARUUGAAAGYAACCUGUGGGAGCUUUUAGCACUUSUGCAGCUAGGAGAUGUGAUUUGGUAUUGGCAAAUCAAAUGUCACUUUUCCCUCACCAAGUCAGGCUGAUGUCUGUAUUCCUUUUAGAGGAUCUACUUGAAAAGCAAAAGCAGAUAAAACACCGCCCCAACACACACAUGCUUGGAAUUAAAAAAAUGUCAUUAAGAGCAGGAGUGGGAAAGGCAAAGUAGAGUUGUCCAAGGAGAGAGUGUUCUGAAUUGAUUUCACAUUGAAUCACUUGAUCAGGAAAAGCCUUUAGUCUUAGAGAAGGAAGGAUGUGUUUUGUAGCGUGCUGAGGGAUGUGCAUCCUUUAGUACGUGGAGCUUUCAGUAGAGGUUAGAAUAACAAGGAGUCUGCCAUCUUUGAUGCCCAGAGCUGUUUGGUUUGGACAGCUGUGUCCCAGUGCUGCAGGAAGCGUGGCUGACAGWGCACAGAGCAGUGCCCAGCCCUGGGCAGGGCUCACCUGGCAUGGGCCACUGGGGAUCCCUGACUUUGUGCCAGCGAGCCCUGCCUGUCCCGGCAGCUGCUACAGAAACACCUCCUGGCUCUUAGAGAGAUGCUGCAACCUGAAUAAAAACACCAAUUGAUAACUUUGAGAGUAAUCAAUAAUAAAACUUUACCAACAUUAACUUUCACCAGCAAUGGAUGAUGUAGUGAUGCUGAAGAAGCUUUUGCUGUCGGAUGUACAGAACUUUUCUGAUUGAAAAUUUUACCAUGGCUCUGAACAGGUUAAUGUGGCCCUUGUGCACUUCCAUGAGGGAUUGAAAAUAGUAUUACUGGGUUUGUUCAGAUGCAGCACUCUGGGUCRUGUGUAACUCAUGUACAAACAGAGGGGAAGGUGAACUGUGUGUUUUUAAUGAGGAAUGUUAUGGUACAAGUUUGUUUUGUAAAAUAAAGAUGAAGAUAAAUUAGUAUUUUCCUGUGAAGAAAAAUUCUGMUGAUCUUCACUGUUUAAAUCGAGAGUAUAUGUGUUUAAUUGAAUUUUAGUUUAAACUUACCACUGCACAGGAGCAGUUCUGGCUCCUGUGUUACAAAAUAAAAUGCCCUUUGCUUUGUUUGUCUUUAAAUAUUUUACAUAGUAUCAUUUUGGCAACAUAUUAUCUUARAAUUGUGGUUAUAUGAAGUGUUUGUUCCCUCAUUGGUUUUGAUAUUUUUUUUUUAGCAUGAGAGACAAAGGACAGCAAAAUUGCUGCAARCUACCUGAUCAG